GUCAAUCAGUAGCUCGUCGCGCAAGCGGACUUCCGAUUUCGCAACAAAGCGAAGAGUCUGGGAUGCGCGUCGGUCAAGUUUGUGACGUUAUUUAUUUACCACUUUGACGAUAAGAUACUGCAUCCUGAUCACAUCUGAUAGUCGGAAUAAAAACUGAGAUUUGCGUGGAAUCAUAUGCGGCAUAAAUCUGAAAUAGUAGUCACAUUCCGGCGAGAUUCAGGGCGAACGUAAUCUCUUGUCGCACAAUUUGUACUCUAAAUAGAACGCAUAGAACCCAGCAAGAAAAGGCUGGAUACUACACCGGUGAGUUGCCCCACAAAAUAUUGCUUGGUAGCAGAGCGGACACUCAAAGCCAACUAACCAUGUCUGUACAAAGUGUUGCUCUGGCAUCUCUCACGGCCACCUAUACUGACUCGGAGGGUGAGGACGGGGUGGACGACGAUCUACAGGAGCAUUCAAACACCCCCCAGGGGACUACCGCCCCACAAAAUGUCCAAUUUGGCCAUCCCCAGGGUCUCACCAGUCCCAAAUCUGGCCGAUCUGCCUCGAAUAGCCCCAUCAUCUCCAAUACCGCCAAUAGCAAGUCAAAUAGCAACUUGCCCAACGCUCCCACCUUAGUAACGGACGUAACGUCCAAGGUGCAGAGAUUAGUAUCAUAUUUUGAUGACACGAUAGUCUCAGAUGACGAGGGUACAGUGACGAUGAGUGCCGAGGGGCAGCUCUUUGAGAAUGGGAGAUCCCCCUCGGUGGUCGUGCAGUCUCCCUCGCAUCAGGGGGAUCUUAUUUCAGAUGGCGAGACAGACCCUUAUGGAGUGACGAUACCACCGGAGCCUCAGGGUCAAUGCCCUGUAGAAUUACAGGAAAAAAUAACACGGCUAUUCAAAAAGAUGGAGAGCGGUGGGCUGGAUAUGAACAAAGUCAUACAGCAAAGAAAAGAUUUUAGAAACCCUUCUAUUUACGAAAAACUAAUUCAAUUUUGUAGCAUCAACGAAUUAGGUACCAAUUACCCGCCGGAACGAUUCGACCCUUUCAAAUGGGGUAAAGAUUCUUACUACGAGGAGCUGGCAAAGAUCCAGAAAGCGGAAAUGGACAAGCUUGAAAAAAUGAGGAAGGAGAAAACGAAAAUUGAAAUCGUCUCUGGGACGGCAAAGAGGCCGACUAACUCCGCAGUCACUGCUGAAGAAGAUGCCAAGAAGAGAAAAAGUAAAUGGGACCAGGUUGCAACUGGAGCUCCGACUUCCGUCAAGCCCACUGUAUUGUUGUCUCAACCAACCCUUACUACGCUGACAUCAUCGGCGACGGGUACGAAAGCGACGGUAAUAUCAGCGUUUGGUUCGUUACCAAAGAAAAGACUGUAACAUAACGCGUAAACAAAUGUAUAUAUACACUCAACAAUGGAUACAUGUUUUAUAUUUCGCAAAUCCAUACGCAUUAGAUACUCGUCUGUGCCUCACGCAUUUCUGCGUUGGUCUCGAUUUUUUCCCGACUAGAUCUCACCUCUAGCUACUUUCUUUUUUUUUCAUCAUUAUUGUAAUUAGUCUUGAUAAAUUUUCUUUUUCAUGUACAAGUUAUUUAUUGUUGUUAAAGCUGAAGGUGGUUGUUUUUCUCUCCUUAAUUGUAAAUAGAGCAUACAGUUUCAAUGAUGGGCCUUUUUUUAUGACAAAGUCAAGUUAUUGUUGAUGUAGUCAAAGAUUGCGGUCAGGGACAGACACGUAUCGCGUACCUCACAGCGCAUAAUAAUAUCAGCAACCUUCAAAACAUAACGAACGACUAGAAAAAAAAGUUGACAUUAAAUGAAUUGGCAUCACUUUGCCGCAAAUUUUUGUUACAUGUAUUAAAUAUAAAUAGUUGAACUAUUUUUUAACCACUAAUAAUUAAAGCCACAAGCAGAGGAGCAAAGACGCAGAUUUCGAUAUUACUCAUAGUAAGAUUGAUGAAAAAUAUAGAAAAGUUAUUUCUAAAACGUUGAUACCGUUAGAAAUUCAAGUUAGACAUGUACCAAUUCAUAAUUUGCUUAUUUUCACGUUCCUCUUUCGAUGUUCUUUAUUUAUCUGUAGAAAAAAUUCGGUGAAUUUUCAGCCGGCAAAUUAUAGUCUGGUAUGAAUAUACACUUAGUACGAAAUUAAUCUCAAUCAUAGGCUGAAAGACAAGAAAAUUUUAUGAUGGCUGAAAAUUACGUCGUUUUCUCCUCUCUUGAUAGCAACAUUCAAUAUUUAACGUGCGUUAAAAUGAUAUUACUUAGCAAAAAUUGGAGUAGCUUGAGAAUUAAAAAAAUUUAGUGAUUCUUUUUUUUAGUUUUCUAUUUGUGACAAAACUUUGUACAGAAUCUACUUAGAGAUAAACCUACCAAUUGACGAUAGAUCAAAGCAAUUCGACAUAAAAAAAUAACAGAAGAAUAACAUUUGUAAACACAUAUUAAGAUUUAUUGUUAUGAAUAAUUCCAAGUAAAACGAACGUUAAAUUUUUGUCAGGCAUUAUCAUAUCUAACUGAUGUAAACCGGGGUAUAAAAUAAUACGAGUUUUCAAAAAAAUUGAUAUCAAUUUGAAAGUUUAUUAUAGUAAUAAACCAAACAUAUGUAAGUUUUCAUUUUAUUUCCGACUCAACCGUAAAGACAACUUUUUUGACCUGAAUGGUGGGACUAAAGUUGAAUCUGAUUCCUUACUAUACUUUUCUCCCGCAUUUUACGAAGAAAAGUGAAUUAGCGGGUCGAAAAGUACUUUUUCUCCCGCAAAUGCCGGACGAAAAGUGGUCUUUGCAGUUGAGUCAGAAAUAAACUCCUAUAUGCAACGCAGGAAUAAAUUUAAUCAUUCCCUCGAACUUACUGCCCUCCCGAAAAUUCCCUCGCUUCACUCGGGCAGUAAACUCGCCCGCAGGAAUUUUUCUCGGGCAGUACAGUCGUCCGCGGGAAUAAACUGCAGCUUUAUUCCCAUGUUGCAUAAUGUACUAUUAUGUUCCGCUGUCCAACCCAGUUAGAUGGAGUGAAAAAUUAUUGUGUAUAUAAAGUAUUUUUCAAAAAACAAUAACGAAGAUGAAAGAAUAAUAAGAACAACCAAAAAAUCAUCCAAACAAAAAUUUUCUUCUGAUUAUUCAAAUUUAUUCAGAACCUGGAGUAAAUAUAGACAUUAUUAUUUUGCUACAUGAAUGCUGCAAUUUUAUUAAUACUUUCGCUGUUUCACGGGAUGACUUAUUCUUAUAUAGCCGUUCAGCAUUUGUCUCACGAUUGCGCUGCUUACCAUUGGUUUUGCUUUACUCAGGUCUUGCACCUUGUAUAUCCACUUCAUAUGUUGCGUCAGCAAAGCCGGAGCUAAAAUUCAAAAAAUAAUUUUUGCACGAUCUUUGAAAUCAAUAAAACUUUACACGGUCCUAACGACGA